GGCAGAACCUCCGCCUUCUGCACACCAGCCCUACAACCGAGGGCGGCUGAAGAGCAACGGGGAAAGCGGCUCGCUCCGCCUUUUUCCCCGCCACGAGCCCUACUACCCCGCAGAGAAAGGAGCAGAGGGCGCGCGCUACACACCCAGAAGGAGGCCAUCCAUGUCAAAGAUGAGGUACCUUUGAAGCAAUCUCACCUUAAAGCAGCAGAAUGAUUAUCCUUUUUCAUAUGAUGCUUUAUUUGUGGCAAGCAAGCAAUGCAAUAAAUGGAAGGAUUUCAAAGCCCAACAUAGUGCUAUUCAUGGCUGAUGACCUUGGCAUUGGAGACUUGGGAUGCUAUGGAAACACAACUCUAAGGACUCCCAAUAUUGACAAGUUAGCUAAAGAAGGAGCAAAACUGACUCAUCAUAUAGCAGCCUCUCCACUAUGCACCCCAAGCAGGGCAGCUUUCUUGACAGGCCGCUAUCCUGUCAGAUCAGGAAUGGCUAGCUUGCAUUUAGUAGGAGUUUUUUUAUUUUCUGCCUCUUCUGGUGGACUUCCUACUGAAGAAAUAACUUUUGCAAAACUUCUGCAGCAGAAGGGUUAUUCUACAGCUCUUAUAGGCAAAUGGCAUCUUGGAAUUAACUGCAACAGCAGUGAUGAUUUCUGCCACCACCCUUUAAAUCAUGGAUUUGAUUAUUUCUACGGGAACCCUGUGAACAAUAUUAGAGACUGCAGACCUGGGCACGAAAGCGUGUUUAUCAGAGGGAUUAAAAAGUUCAUGAAUACAGGACUCCAGAUCGCUGGGAUUGCUCUAAUCUCUUUGGAAGUUCUUCAUUAUAUUGGCCUCUUCCACAUUCCUCACAGAGUACUGGGCUAUUUCUUAUUAAUGGUUUCGGUGUUCAUUGGACUCUUGCUGUUCUUCUUUUAUAACUUUCGGUAUCUAAACUGCUUCUUGAUGAGAAAUCACAAUAUUAUCCAGCAACCCUGGAGUUAUGAGAACCUAACUGAGAGAUUUACAGAAGAAGCCAAAAGUUUUAUAAGAAGGAACAGUGAUGCUCCAUUUCUUCUUUUCCUGUCUUACCCUCAUGUCCAUACAGCUCUUUAUGCAUCGCAAGCUUUCAGAGGAAAGAGUAAACAUGGAUUAUACGGGGAUGCUGUGGAAGAAAUGGACUGGAGUAUAGGACAGGUCCUCCAUGCGUUAGAUCAAUGGAAUCUAAGACAGCAGACUCUUGUGUACUUCACAUCCGAUCAAGGGGCUCAUGUUGAAGAAAUAUCAAGCAAUGGAGAAGUCCAUGGUGGCUAUAAUGGAAUGUAUAAAGGAGGAAAAUCUACAAAUUGGGAAGGAGGCAUUCGAGUGCCUGGUCUCCUCCGCUGGCCUGGAGUGCUUCAACCUGAUCAACGUAUUGAUGUGCCAACAAGCAAUAUGGAUAUAUUCCCCACAAUAGUUAAACUUGCUGGAGCACUACUACCCAAUGACAGAAUUAUUGAUGGACAUGAUCUGAUGCCCUUGCUUCAAGGCACUGUUCUGCAAACCAAGCAUGAGUUUCUCUUCCAUUACUGUAAUGCAUAUUUAAAUGCAGUGCGCUGGCAUCCAAGAAACAGUAAAUCUAUAUGGAAGGCAUUUUUCUUCACUCCAAAUUUCAGUCCUGAAGGCUCCAAUGGCUGCUUUGAUUUUCAUGUGUGUUAUUGUCAUGGAAAUUUUGUCACAUACCAUGAACCACCAUUGCUGUUUGACCUCUCUGUGGACCCAGAAGAAAAAACCCCACUAACACCAGAAACGGAGAGUCACUUCUAUGAAAUCCUUCAAGCCAUUCAACAAGCAGUGAGCAACCACACCAAGUCACUGCCUGCUGUUCCCAACCAGUUAUCACUGGGGAAUAUCCUCUGGAAACCCUGGCUCCAGCCAUGUUGCUCCUCCUUCCUCAAGUUUUGCUACUGCAACCAUGAGCCAGGAGAAUUUGCCUGAUGCAGGAGGAUAGUACCAAUGUACAAUUACAUACAUGCUUUAGCAAAGAAGGAGGAGGAGGAGCAGGAGAAGAGAAAAGGUAUUAAACGUUGACAAGAAAAUGUGGAGAAAUGGCUCCCUCCCCCCAAAAAAAAUCUCCAGCAGUUCUCCUCAAAUAACCACUAAUGAUACAAGUGCUGUGAGAAGAAAUGGCUCUCAUUUUUCAGCCCCCAAUGAGAGACUGAGCAGGAUUAACAGGGUUGCAUUCCCCCUGUCCCUCUCUCGAUAAAGGUCAUCCAUCAGGGUGACCAAGGCUGAUUCAGUCCCAUAACCAGAUCGGAACCCAGACUGGAAUGGGUUUAGAUAAUUAGUAUCCUCCAAGAGUGCCUGCAGCUGCUCCACCACAACCCUCUCAAGUACCUUCCCUUAAGUGGGGAUGUUUGUGACUUGGCAGUAGUUCUCUAGUAUCAUUGGGUCCAGGGUGGGCCGCUUCAAGAGUGGUCGCACUACUGCCUCCUUUAGGAAAGCAGGGACCACCCCUUCCUGGAGUGAGGCAUUUAUCACCCCCUGGCCUGGACCCACCCAGUCAAACCCCCUUGGCUUGCUUUUAUAAGCAAGGAGGGACAGGGAUUGAGAGGGCAAGUGGUGGGUUGCAUUGCUGCAAGCACCUUGUCCACAUCAUCAGUUUGGAGUUUGAGUGGAAGAACAAAAGAACUGGAGAGCUGGAAUGUUCCAGAAAAAAGGACUGCGCAUGACCAGGAGCAUUAAUUUUUAAAAAGGCAAAUCUUUCUCUAUCAACUUCUAGGAAACAUCUUGCCAUUUUCCUCCUCAAAAGUCUAGAGCAUUAUUCUUCCUUUCUUCAGUAUACCAUAUGGCAUAUGUGACACCCUCAUUUUAUGAUUGUUAUUCCAGAUGUUACAACACACGUACCAGCCAGGUGCUGGGGGGGGAUUACAUAUCUUUGAUGUCACAAAGCAAAUGGUCUGUUUAUAUUGCCACUGGAAAAAAAGGUGGCCAUUCAACUUUGUUUCCUGUGUGCUUUAUUUAAUCACAGGAUACACUGAAUACAUUUAGCCAAGAUGAUUGUUUACUCUUGAUGCCAGAAUUGUAAGUGCUUUCCUGCUGUUAUCUGUGAAUAGAUGCAGUCGCCUUUUAAAAUGGCAUUGUGUUCCUUCUAACCUUGCACUUAUAUCUAACAAACUAACAAAAAAACCCAAAAACCAAAACCAGUAUUUCUUUGCAACCACCUGCUUGUAUUUGUUGAAGACAGCAAAGGGCCAAUGUAUGGAUUCUCCCAAAGGGCUUCAUGAUAUCCUUCUCUGAGGAGAAGGGCCAACUUGAUAAAACAUGCAGAUUUCUUUUAGAAAUCAAAAACAUAUAUGUAUGUGCUGAAUUGUGUGCUAUGAGCAAAGGUUUCUCCUGUCACAGAUAUUGUAUUUUUAGCCAUCGUAGUUUAUUAUUUCCAAAGGGUUCUACAGCACCUUAUCCUACACUGCAUAGCUUGAUACUGGAUAUUUCAGCCAAGAACUGCAUAAGUUACUCCUUGCUAUGCUGUGAGAACAAUGCCAGCCUGAGUGAUCCAACAUCCUUUUCAUGCUAAGAUGAAUAUUCAUCAGGAUAUGGAAUGUCUUUCUGUUCUCCUACAGCGGACAGCAACCACUCCAGCAAUGAGCUAAUGCAGCCAAGAAGAGAGUGACUUGUGUCCGUGUGUAUGAAAACGUAGGUAUUUGAAAGGCAAAUAACUAAUCAUAGUGGGCUUGGCAACCAAACGUUUCAGUGUGGAGUGCUCCUAUUAAAAAGAUGCUGCUCUGUACUCCAGCAUUCCAUGGCUACUGAGCAUGCUCAAUCUUCGUAUGGCUGUUUUUGAGGUCUCCCCGUUAGGAACUUUAUGCUAACUAUUUUCUUGUGCUUCUGCAAAGCUCAGGGCUCUCCCAAGCCUGCUGAUAACACCCUCAUGUGCAUGGAAGGGGCCAUUUUGGCCUCAUAAGGAAAAUUGAGAUAGCUGUUAGAGUAUAUGUGAUGACUAAAUCAUGUUCAUAAGAAGUCCCACUUUCUUCUUCAUUAUCCUUAAAUACUUUUUAUCCCAAGAUGUUUAUUUUUCAAAAAGGCAUUGUGAAAUGAUUAAAAUGCAGCACACUUGGGCAAUAUUUUUUAAUUAACAUUUUAUUGGAAUAAUUUUUCUUCCAUACAUACAAAUGCUUUGCAUUCCUCCCCUGCAUCCCAAGAUGGUACAAGCAUUAUAUAAGCCUACAAUGAGAAAAUUGAUAUCAAUGUUCUUAAGAACAAGCAGUGUGGAUUCCUGCUGUGGCAAUAUAUUUAUCCUAAAAGGAUAAAAGGAGAAAACAAUUAAAUAUUUGCUAAUCAGAUAGUGAGCUCUCCCGAAAAUAAUGUGUCUAACCCUUCAUCACUACUGAAUUAAACCAAGCUGUUUAUUUAUUUAUUACAUUUAUAUCCCACCUUUUUCCCUCCAAGGAACCCAAGGCAGCAUACAUAAUCCUCCUCCUCUCCAUGUUAUCCUCACAACAAUAACCCUGUGGGGUAGGUUGGGCUGAGAGUCUGUGACUGGCCCAGAGUCACCCAGUGGGUUUCCACGGCCAAGUGGGGACUAGAACCUGGAUCUACCGACUCCCAGUCCAACACCUUAGCCACUACACCACACGGGCUGUUCUUGCUUUAAGUGUGUUUGUCUGUGCAAAUAAUACUAAUAAAGAUAUCAUUCAAAAGA